UCGGCCGGAGGACGGGACGCAGUGAGCAGCUGCCGUGUGGCUCGUUUUUUUUAAACCCCUCCCCGUCUCCUGUUUGUCACCCCAUCGUCUUUUCUUUUUCUUUUUCCUUGUGAUUUAGUUUUUAGCAUCUUGUUUUUAAUCCGUCUACUAGAUCAAGCUAAAUUAGCCUUUCAGCCAUGUACCGGUAUUUCGGGGAGCUGCUCACUCGCUCCGCGGGUAACGCUCUGGCCUCCGGAUGCGCGGAGUCCGCUCUGCCGGUCUCCUCGUCUCUGAUGAGGGUCCGUCACUACGCGGACACGCCCGACGACCCCAACUUCUUCAGGAUGGUGGAGGGCUUCUUCGACCGCGGCGCGGCCAUCGUGGAGGACAAGCUGGUGGAGGACCUCAAGACCAGGGAGAGCCCCGAGCAGAAGAGGAACCGUGUGCGGGGCAUCCUGCGCAUCAUUAAGCCCUGCAAUCACGUCCUGAGCGUCUCCUUCCCCAUUAAGAGAGAUAACGGAGAAUGGGAGGUGGUGGAGGGAUACCGUGCCCAGCACAGUCAGCACAGAACGCCAUGCAAAGGAGGUAUCCGUUACAGUACAGACGUGUCAGUGGAUGAGGUAAAAGCCCUGGCCUCAUUGAUGACCUACAAGUGUGCUGUGGUUGAUGUGCCGUUUGGAGGAGCCAAAGCUGGAGUCAAGAUCAACCCCAGGAAUUAUUCUGAUAAUGAGCUGGAGAAAAUUACCAGGAGGUUUACUAUUGAAUUGGCCAAGAAGGGCUUCAUCGGACCAGGCAUCGAUGUUCCAGCCCCAGAUAUGAGCACAGGAGAGAGAGAAAUGUCCUGGAUUGCAGACACAUAUGCCAACACCAUUGCACACACUGACAUCAAUGCCCAUGCGUGUGUGACAGGGAAGCCCAUCAGCCAGGGGGGUAUCCAUGGGCGUAUAUCGGCCACUGGUCGUGGAGUGUUCCAUGGCAUUGAGAACUUUAUCAAUGAGGCCUCCUACAUGAGCAUGCUGGGCCUGUCUCCUGGCUUUCAGGACAAAACCUUCAUCAUCCAGGGCUUUGGAAAUGUGGGUCUCCACUCCAUGAGGUACCUGCACAGGUUUGGGGCCAAAUGUGUGGGCAUUGGUGAGAUUGACGGUGCCAUCUACAACCCAGAGGGCAUCGACCCUAAACAGCUUGAGGACUACAAACUGAACCAUGGCACCAUUGUUGGUUUCCCAGGUGCCAAGCCUUACACAGGGAACAUUCUGGAAGCUGACUGCCACAUCUUGAUUCCUGCAGCUGGUGAGAAGCAGCUCUCACGCAACAAUGCCCCCAGGAUCAAGGCCAAGAUAAUUGCUGAGGGUGCCAACGGUCCCACGACCCCUGACGCUGAUAAGAUCUUCCUGGAGAACAAUGUCAUGGUCAUCCCUGACAUGUAUCUGAACGCUGGUGGUGUGACAGUGUCAUACUUUGAGUGGCUGAAGAACCUCAACCACGUCAGCUACGGAAGACUGACCUUCAAAUACGAGAGGGACUCCAACUACCACCUGCUCAUGUCUGUGCAGGAGAGUUUGGAGAGGAAGUUUGGCAAGCAAGGAGGACCCAUCCCUGUUGUCCCGACCGCUGAUUUCCAGGCUAGAGUUGCUGGUGCCUCUGAGAAGGAUAUUGUCCACUCUGGGCUGGCCUACACCAUGGAGAGAUCUGCACGGCAAAUCAUGCGCACAGCCAGCAAGUACAACCUGGGACUGGACCUGCGGACGGCUGCCUACGUCAACGCCAUCGAGAAGGUCUUCAAGGUCUACAACGAGGCUGGGCUCACCUUCACAUAAAGAGCCAAUCACAGCCCACAUUCACCCACGCGCCCCCCCCUCCCCCAACACCCAGGUCCCCCUUUCUUGCUUCUUCAUUGUGCCCCAAACAGCCUUUAGAACAUAUCAGCGUUUACAUUAGAGAAACCCACCACUCUUAUUCCCAGGUCAUGUAUUCAUACACGCACAUGCUUAGGCAUUCUGUGGCUUUCUUGGUAAUCGUCCCACGUCCUGUGAUAUCUGCGCUGCCACCGUAUUGGUGUCGGUGUUUUGAAUAUUGUUCUGUUGUUGUUUUUUUUGUUUUGAGAUCUGUCUGAAAAAGCCAGAAGUUACAGAGAUUGUCCUCCACUGAGAGCCCCAUGAAAAUGUUCCUACAAGUGUCGAAUGGCAGCCAUAUUAGGAACCCCUUUUUGUGGUCCGUGGAUGAAUGUGUGAUUUCCCCCUCACCCCCCCCCCCAACCCAGUUGCCCUUGUUUCAGUCAAAAACACAAAAGAUGCCUUAGCUCAGAGAGAGCUCCGCCGUAAAAGGGAGAUGCCCGUUGCGGUAAACACUAUUUCAAAGGGAUAUAGAUUUAACUUCAUGUGAAUAAAAGAGAAUAAUGCUAAUUUAUUGUUCUUGAGUUUGCCUCACAAAUGUAGGCUAGGGGUUAUAAAGAUGCUAUAAAGAUGCUGAGGUAUAAAAUUUACCUUCUACCUGAGUUUGUAUUUAGGUUCAGAGUUAGAUUUUUACAUUGCUCUCGGCUCCAUCCCAUGCACCCUACUUGUCCUGUAGCUCCCCCCGCUGUCCUCUGCUCGGGCAAUGCUCCAUCUCCUCCACAGGGCCCUCCCCAGUUCUUCCAGAAGGUCACUGUGAUGGCCAUUUGC